AUGUUUUCAAAAUUCACUGUUAACUUGUUAAAACUUUCUUUGGAAUUCAAACAAAUUGCUUUCUAUUCGACGACUAGAAUUCCGUGUAGGCCGAGAUCUAAUGUGAAUCGAGAGAAUGUAAAGAAAUCAAACGACAAAGAAUGGAAACUUGAAAUUGCUUCUGAAUGUGACAAGGAUAAGAUUCUAAGAUUCAUGAAGAAAGGUUUUCUUAGAGAAGAUCCAUUGAUUAAAACUCUGAUUCCCGGGAAGAAGCCUAAAAAACUUAAUAAUCUUUUACGUGAGUCUCUAGAUCACAAACUAUCGGUCGUGGCAAAGAAAACAAGCGAUGAUUCUAUAAUUGGUGUAGCAAUAAAUGAGAAAAGUUGCAAGUUAUGUGCUGCUAGAUUAAAUAAAAUGGCAUCACACACCAACAAUUGUGAUCUAAAGAAACUUCUUCUGACAUGGUCAUUCAUUGCAAGUGCACCAAAAGUAUACGAGAAAUUAUGUCGUGAUGAUAUCUUCAACAUAGCGUACUUGUGGGUAGAUAAAGCUUAUUGGGGACGUUCGAUUGGCUUGGAUAUGAUCAAGAAGUCUUUCGAUUUCGCACGAUGUAGAAACUUUCAAUAUGCUAAGAUGAAUUGUACCAACGACAACACAAGAAAACUCGUUGAAGAGUUGAAAUUCACAAAACUGUGGUCAGCGUCAUACAAAGAAAUCUUUUUGCGCAAUUUCUUCACCAAGCCAAUUACUUUACCACCUCAACCACAUUGUAAUGCAAGCAUUUAUUAUGUUGACCUAAAGAAAUUGAAGAAAUAUUAAAUCAUAAAAAGAAUCGAUUUUGAAAUAAACAUAAAUUCCC